AUGUAAUAAUAUUUAGAGGUUGGCUAUGCUUUAUCAAAUAGAGUUAGAUGUACAGGAUGUUUUUAGACUAUUGUAAAAAAUGAAAUUAGAUUUGGGCAUGUUUUUGUAGCACCAGGAUUUGGAUAUGAUAAAAAACAUUGGUAUCAUUUGACAUGUUUAAAAUUUAUGCCUAAAGGAGAUCGUAAUCAAGAUGUUGCUUUAAUUAAUAUUCAUGGUUUAAGAACAGAAGAUUAAAAGAAGGUACAUGAUAGAAUAGAGUUCAUUAAAAAGAAUAAUGGAAAAAGUAUAAUUUUUAUAUUAUAAUCAAGAACUCAUGAAAGAAUGUAAAUUAUUAGAAAAACAAGACGAUUAGUGUGAAUAUAUUAAAGCAGAUAAAGAUAUAUUCUCGACCUUUAUUAAGCAUAUGAAACACAAGGAGAGAAAAGAUUUAGGAGAAUUUUGA